CGCCACUGAUCAACAACAAUUAUACAAACAAUUCUAAAUUUAUAAAAGAUAUGGUAUACAAGACUUAAUGAAAUGUUUAUAUAAAUACAUGGCAGAUAAUCUGACCGGUAGUCAGUAGUGUGAAUCGUUAACGCGUAACGUUCUUGUACUUAUCAUGUCCAUCCGGAAGAUUUCAACUGUCAAAACAAUUCAGGAAUACCAAGAACAUGUUCACGAGCAAUGGGAAAGGUACUCGGAGGCUUUCAAAAGAUUCCGCCAAAGCCGCUUCAACGCUCGUCGGAUCCGCAAACGCGUGGUGUUCAAGCACGGCGACUGCAACGUAGCACAUUCCAACGUUGCCAAGCGGCGCCGGAAGUAUUUGCAGGACAUAUUCACCACAUUGGUGGAUGCACAAUGGCGAUGGACUUUGCUAGUCUUCGCACUCAACUUCCUCCUAUCAUGGCUGCUGUUCGCUGUUGUUUGGUGGCUGAUCGCGUACACGCAUGGAGAUCUCAGCAUGGAAAGACUGGUGAGGGGAAGCUCUGUUCACUUUUUCACGAGUUUCUAUUACGGUUGCUUGCUUAUAAUAAUAAUAAUAAUAAUAAUGUUUAUUGCUCCAAUUACAAAGUUUUCGUAUAAAUAA